CGCCAGGCCCCAGAAACCGGUCCAGCACCGGACACCUGCGGACAAGGGCUGGGCGGAACUGCUUCCCGCGCCUUCGCGCUGCCGAGGGGAAGGGCGGAAGCGGCGGACCCGGAGGGCGGAAGCGGCGGACCCGGGAGACGGCUGCUUCCGGCGUCAGCGGCGCUGCCGCUGCCUUCGCGCUAUGGCUGCGUUGGGUCGGCAGGUCUUGGAUGGGCACCGCCUGAUCCCCCUCACCUGGUUCCUUAUUGCUAGGCAGACUACUCGGCUUGGAGGACAGAAGAGGACGACUGCUUUUUUGCUGCGUAAACUGACAACGGUCUCCAGCAGGGGGGGCCUCGGGGAGUCACCCUCUGUUGAACCCCAGAAGUACGCGCAAGAACCAGAGCACAGGACGGGGCUGACUCAGUGCCUCCUCGAGAAGCAGAGGACGGCUGUGGAGCGAGAGAAGGUCGUCAGUUCCCUCCUGGACAUGGGUUUCAGUGAUGUCCAUGUUAACGAACUGCUCAGUAUACAGCCAGGCACCCACCCUCAGCAGUUGCUGGAUAUCAUUUCAGAAUUAAUACUCCUGGGUCUGAAUCCAGAGCCUGUGUGUGUGGCCUUAAAGAAGAGUCCUCAGUUACUGAAACUGCCUGUCAUGCACAUGAAGAAGCGCUCCAGUUACCUGCGAAAGCUGGGGCUUGGAGAAGGGAAAUUAAAGCGGGUGCUUUACUCUUGCCCUGAAAUUUUCACCAUGCGUCAGCGGGACAUUGAGAGCAUCGUCGGGGUUCUCAAGGAGAAGUGCCUUUUCACGGUAAAGCAAGUCACCGAGAUUUUGCACAGAUGCCCCUGUGUUCUUCGGGAGGACCCUGGUGAACUGGAGUACAAAUUCCAGUAUGCCUAUUUCAGGAUGGGGAUUAAACAUGUGGACGUGGUGAAGACCGACUUCCUGCAGUACUCCAUGACCAAGACCAAGGAGAGGCACGUGUUCCUGGAGCGCCUGGGCCGGUACCAGACCCCCGACAAGAAGGGGCAGACGCUGGUCCCCAACCCUUUACUCAGGGACAUCCUCAGGGUUUCAGAAGCUGAGUUUCUGGCCAAGACAGCCUGUUCUUCUGCUGAGGAGUUUGGGGUUUUUAAGGAACUCUUGGCCCGGGAGGAGGAGGAGUCUGAGGGCCGAAUGGCUGAUGCCGGAAGCCCGGAGGAGGCGGGGCCGUGACGGACGGACUGGAGUGCAGAGAAGCCCAGACGGAUCGGAGGGUACUGUAGUUUCCUCAAGGCUUUUGGGAACUUCACUUGGAUCUUCUCAGGUUAUUUUUCAUUCUCAAACUGGUCUUUUGAUAAAAAAUUAAUUGGAAAUCACCUGAGAAGUAGACUAAGAAGCAGAUGCAUUGGUUUGAUCUGCCAUCAGGUUCAGGGGGGAGGGCCCUGUUCCAUCCUGAGUAAAAGGCUGACUUUGAGCCUCUAGAUCGUGGGGGGGGGCUCGACACAUCGACGUUCGGUCUUACUUUUUCUCUCCCAUCUGUGUUGGUGACAGUCCCGUGACAGUGGGGGAUGUUUCUUCUGGUUCAGGAGUCAUUUUACAUCCUCCUCGUGACAAAGAGUUCUGAGAAGACAGCGAGCUUUUAGGUUAUCACAGCACUUUAUUUUAUGAAAACAAGGAACAGGUUUUCCACAAAAAUACUCAGGUUUUCAGUUCAAAAAUAGCUUAUGGUUUCGUAAUUGCAGUCAUUGUACAGCAGAGUAAAAGGAAGUUGAUUAGUGAUGUAUGGUUUUGUUCUGCACAGCUUCUUAAUGCCAGCAACGCGGGGAGGGCGCUUUUUGCAUCUUUGUGAAGAGCAGGCCCUGACUCUGACCACCGGCGGAGUUUGCUUUCACGCCAGCUCAGGCCCAGGGGGUUGCAUCCAGGCCUGACGUCUCUGGCGUCCGUGGAGUUCUGACCUGGAGCCAGGGCCACAGGUCUGGGCUUGGUUUCAUUUCAGGGAGCUCUCCGUGACACCAGAGGUGGUGGAAGGCCCCUUGGGGAGGCCAGUGGGUCUGAGGAGUGACUUGAAGAGUUGGGGUUGGGGAAUGGGCUUGGAUGUAAGCCAGGGGUCAUCUCUGAGGUAGAGGUACAGCCCUGAUGGCGUGAGCUCUGCGAGGGAUGGGAAGAUGGGUGAUUCCUAGAAGGUUCUGGAGAUUCCUUUCUUGGGGGAGCUGGCACAGGAUUGAUGCUGCAGAAGACAUUUUUGGUGAUGUGCCCAAAACUCAGGUCUUUACAGCAUUUUAACAGCUACACACGAGACUCCUGGUGCUUGGCCUCGCUGUUCUUGCAGAGACCACGUAAGUCCUGUCAGGUGGCGGUUCUCACCUGGGGGUGAUCUUGACAACAGGGAACACCUAGCAACAUCUGGGGACAUUUCCCAUCUGGUUGUUAGGACCAGGAGGGUGUGCAG